UAAUUUUUCCCUACGGCCGGCUACGCAUGCUCAUAACUUAAGAAAAUGGCCGCCUCUUUGAAGGAAAGAGACAUUGGUAAGAUUUAUGCUAUCGGCACGGCUGUCUCUUGUGAAGUAGAAGAGAGGGUGAUCUGCAGAGGAUACGUCAUCGCGUUUGAUAAUCUCACUAAGUCAAUAAUAAUCCAGAGUUCACAAACUGACAAAAUUCACAUAAUCAAUCUAUCUAAUGUCACAGUCAAAAGCACCUCGUCAUCUGAUAAACCAAAAUAUAUAGGAAAACAGAAAGUCGAUCUGAAUAAAAUUGAGCAGAAAUAUCAAGAGGCGAUCAAAAAGCGCAAAGAAGAGCUGAGUAGGAUCGGUGAUGGUGUUAGCAUGGAGGCCCAGCUCCUUUUUGAUCGAAUAUUUAGCAUAUACAACCAAACUGUCUGGGAUGGUAGUACAAUUGUAGUCAUGAAAGACGUUAGGAUAUCUCCUCCUUACGGACCAGAGAACUGUACAGGGUCCACGGAUGCAUUAGAAAGAAUUCAAAAACUAGUAACACGUUUUAAUAAUGACAGGACGUCAUCCAAACCUGCUACUUGACACACGGCCAGUGGUCCCAGAUUAUUCUACUAAUUAUUACAUGUAUAUUACAGUUAUUAUAAUUAUUCUCGACUAUUAUUAUUAUUAUAUUGUAUUUUCCUCUCUUUAUAACCAUUGCUUUGUGUUAAACCUGUAUAAUAUCCAAGCUCUAUUUAUUUUACUCAUUACUGAACUGUAUUAAAUUAUUCAAA